GUUCUGGACAUUCCGUGGGUCCGUGGGUCGGUGGGUCCGGCCCCGUGUCCGGCCCGGGCCCGAGCGCUGACCUCGGCUGCAGCUGCACACGCGCAUCGUUACCUUUAAGACGCCGUUUCACCGGAGCAGGCACCAUUUUACCGAGGAACCGAGUCACCGAGCCGAAAGAACGAACCCAACACCGGGCCCCGUGCACCUCUGCCGCCACCGGAGCAGCCGCACCGAGCCUCUGACGCACCGCGGGGUUCAGGCGCUUUGGUCCGGCCCACGGAGGACGAGCAGCCGAGAGGGGGCGAGGGGAGCCGGGAGAGGGGGCGAGAGCAGCGGAGAGCCGGGGACCGUGACGCCGAGUGGGGAGGGUUCACCAAAUCCUUUCCCUUUAAAGCUGCGAGGGGCUGAAGAAGCGAUAAAAAAAGAAAACGGAGCUGUGAAGGAGGGGAGGGCGAGAGCGGGAGAGCGGGAGAGCCGAGCCGUCUGAAAAAAAACCGAAAAAACAUGUCGCCGCGCGGAGGGAGACGGCGCCGGGGCGGAGUCACGGAGGCAGGCCGAGCAGCAGCGCUCUGAACCCGGGGACCAGCGCUACGACAGGCCGAGGCUGCGGACCUCACCACUAGGCCUCUCCGGAGCUAGCGCUUUAAUAAAUGACACCUCGCAGAUUUUAAAGAUGAUUUUGACUUCGUUUUUGUCAUCUUAAGAGAAUUUGCAUGCCCUUCACCAGUAGACAUAAGCAAAUGUAUAAAAAUGAAGCAUCCACAGAAAGCAUGGCUCCCGCGGUCUGGCGCAUUUCAGCCUCUUCAGGGCAGCUCUUUAUGAGGCUGCCAUAUUAAAGCAUAACUACGGAACAUUCACAUUAUAUUCAGGUGUAACUGCGCUGAACCCGCUUGCACUGCUGCAGUUUUCGGUCUGUUCGGGCUCCGGUUCGUGCCCCGGGUCGGUGGUUUUCUCGGCGGCACUUGGAGCUCCUCUGUAACCGCCGUCCCCGCACUGCUCCUCGGCCCGCUCGCCUGCCUCCUCCCGCCGCCGCACCAUGGACACGUCGUGGAGUAAUUUCCUCUUCCAGACCCCCUCCUCCCAGCCCCAGACUGACCCCCCUCUUCAGUCUGAGUUGCUCCCAGAUCUAGACACUCAGAGCCCCCCAGAAGAGCCACUGGUCAGCCCCCCCUCCACUGUGGACACAGCAGCCCUGAGUGAGGAGCCAAUGCCUGUUAAAGCCGUAGUGAAGCCCGCUCGCCCCGCUCACAUCUGUGCCACGUGUAACAAAGAGUUUAAGAACAGUUAUAACCUGCGGCGGCACCAGUCUGUCCACACUGGGGUCAAGAUGAAGGACCGUGCCGCCAGAGAGAAGGAGGACGGGGUCAAAGUUCACAAGCAAACUGUGCCUCUGAGCCUGCUUCAGCUGACUCUCCCCUCACACACACAGGCCCCGCCCACUGUCAGCGUUGCCAUGGACCCAGUAUCUGUUUCAAUCGCUCCAGCAACAGUCUCCAUCGCCCCGGCAACCGUCUCCAUGGCCGUGCCCCCUCAGCCCAUUCAGGCCGCCGUGGUCGUGGUGGGCUCCGUCGACCAGUCCGUAGCCCCGCCCCCCUCGGCCCCUCCCAUCAGGAAAAGCCACGCAUGUGAGGCUUGUGGUAAGGCGUUCCGUGAUGUGUACCACUUAAACCGCCACCGCCUGUCUCAUUCUGAUGAGAAGCCGUACUCGUGCCCAGUCUGCCAGCAGCGCUUCAAACGCAAAGACCGUAUGAGCUACCACGUCCGCUCGCACCAGGGUGGCGUCGAGAAACCCUAUGUGUGCCCGCACUGCGCCAAGGCAUUUUCACGACCGGACCACCUGAACAGCCACGUGCGACAGGUGCACUCCACAGAGAGACCCUUCAAAUGCACCACCUGCACCUCGGCGUUUGCGACCAGGGACAGGUUGAGGGCUCACCUGAUUCGUCAUGAGGAGAAGGUUCCGUGUCAUAUCUGUGGAAAGCUGCUGUCGGCCGCUUACAUCACAGAUCACAUGAGAGUCCACAACCAAUCACAGCACCAUUCCUGCCACCUCUGCAACCGCAGCUUCACCACACUGACGUACCUGCGAGUUCACGCUCAGAAGCACCAUGGGCAGGAGUGGAAGGAGAGCGGGGGGGCGCGGGGGGCAUUUGGGGGGGCCGCGGGUGGCGUGCUGCUGUGCCAGCUCUGCGGAGUCCAGUGUAAAACUGCCACUCAGCUCCAGGGCCACAUGGGCACGCAUGCGGCCAAUCAGAGUGAGCCCCACCUGGGCCCAGGCACUCAGGGGGAGGGACGGGCGGCGGAGGGACCGGGCACCACGGUGGAGGCCGUCGCCGUGGGCAACGUGGCGGGCGUCAACGUGGCGGGCGUCAACGUGGCGGGCGUCAACGUGGCGGGCGUCACCGUGGAGGGCGUGGCUGUGCCUAUCGGAGCCAUCGCUGUGGGAACCAGCGGAGAGUCGACAGUGGCCACGGAAGCGGUCGGGCUACUGGUCACAGACUGCUCCUCCAUCAACCCCCAAACUCACAGCUAACGUCUGUAAGAGGUUGGUUUUGCACACGGCCUCUCUCCUCAGAAACACUAAACUCUUGUACAUAAGAACUCAGACGGCUCCAGUUUGGAUGACCUGUUUUUACCUGCUCCAUAGCACCCCCCUCUGUUCUUUUUGGUUUGCACAGCCCCUGUUUUUUGGAUUCUCGUGGACUUAUUUAUUUGUGGAAGGGACGAAGGAUUAACCUGUAAAUUUUCCAUCAAAUGUUCGAAUGUGUAUUAACUUUAAAGGACCAUAUGACACUAUGCUCUGAUCUGUUCUGAUGUUGUUUCCUCAUCACAAACAGACCUGGAGUUGUGUUUUGUUUCAUUCACACAUGUUUAACACAUAAAACCUGCAUAUUUAGGCUGAGUUCUUCUCUCAAAUACAAAACACUCUGCUCCACCUUGUGAUGUCAUGUGGUAAUAAAGGAAGUGCUCCACCAUGUUUUUAAACUCCACACACCUUCACUAGAAUCAUGUGGAUCAUUUCAGCUCUGGAGUUCCCAGUCUCUACUGAAGUAAAUGUAAAAGGAGUUGUUAACUUACCGCUUCAUGACAUCACAAGGUGGAACAGAGAAUUUUGAGCUUUGGGGAUGUAAACAGACUGAUAAAGUGUUACUCAAACAUGUGUGAAUGAAAACACAACUCCAGGUAUGUUUUUGCGGAGGGAACAGCAUUAUAACAUGGCUUAAAGCUCAGAAGUUUGUGUAAUACAGGACCUUUAAUCUGAUUUGUUCUAAUAUGAUUUGUAUUUCUGGGCGGUUCUUGUAAUCCGUAGCUUCUUUGGUGACUUGUCUGUGGCUGUGCAGACUGUAUCAUAAAGCAUAGUGCAUAGGAAAUGAUGAUGUAUUAAACCCAAACAAAAUGUAA